UUCAUCGAGCCGGCUGUCAAACAAAUAUCGGUUAAUAUCUCGUAACUCAUUACUUCUGAAGCGGAGUUCAGUCAGACGGACGUGAAGAAAAUACUCAAAUAAUAAUCAGUGUUCGACGCUAAUCGUGUUGUGUCCUAAACUAAUUUUUCGUCUUAUUUCAGGAAGUUUUACUGACCGUCAUCAUGUUUGAAGUACUAGCUGACGUCCUUCAACCGUACAAGGACCUAGUGGGGAACAUCGCGGCCAUCGUGACGGUGGGCCAGAUGUUCUCUGGCUCCUUCAUUUGCUGGGAUAUCUACAAGCAGAAGAGCACCGCCGGAAUUGGGAUCAUGCCCUUCCUCGGUGGUAUUGUCAUGGGAGUUCUCAACUUGAAGUUCGGUUUCAUCCUUCGUGACGACACAAUGAUCCAAGUCAACUUCAUCGGUCUGGCAAUUAACGUGGUGUACUUAGUAAUUUUCUUCCACUACUCGCAUGAGAAGGUGAAGGUUUGGGCUCAGAUGGGUCUGGCUGGUGCGUUAUCUGCGGCGCUGAUUGGGUACGCCGAGAUGGAGGACCCCGCUCUAGUCGAGAACAGAUUUGGAUCUAUCAUCACAGCGUUCAUGUUCCUCUUGAUUGCGUCACCGCUGUUUGGUUUGAAAGACAUCAUUAAGAACCAGAGCACGGAGGGCUUGCCGUUCCCCAUUAUCCUGUCCGGUGCCAUCGUGACCUUCGCGUGGCUGGUCUACGGCAUCAUUCUUAGGAAUAAGUUCCUUGUUAUUCAGAACAUCGUCGCGGUGGCUCUCUGCGCGUCGCAGUUGGCGCUGUUCGUGAUCUACCCCUCGAAACCGAAAGCCAAGCAACAGAAGCAGAAAGCGAAGAAAGCAGAUUAAAAAAUAAAUAGUUUAGUGUACCGCACAGAUGCCUCGCUAGUUCGUAAGCUAUUUUAAGCGUAGCUCCGUAUUAUAAUCUUUUGAGGUUAUAUUACUUUCAAAGAGAGGGAUAAAGUUAUAUUGACAGAUAAUUCUGUCUCUGUCACUCAUUCGAGUAUCGUGUCAAUAAGUCAGUCAUACUACACCCCUCCCCCUAUUAUAUAUCUAUGUGAACCCCGUAACUGGGACCCCUGAAUGUAACAGGAGACAAAUAAAGUGAGAUACAUUAUGUCGUGUUGUUACACGUACAGUCAGCAAUAUAAAUCAAUUAACACAAUCAGUUUUUAAAACAAGUUACCAAAUCAGAUUCAGUGAGGUAAAAGAAACACCACCAACUUCAAAUAAAAACUACUGAACGACCAAAUGACAGUACCAAACGUCACCGCUGAAUACUGGCAGUUUAUAAAUCAGGCUGUGUUAACUGACUUUUGUUGCUGACUGUACCUGUUCGUGUUCUUAUGAAAAACCACAGAACACAUGAAGGUGAACUGCCCAAUGACAAGUGAACCUUUUUUAAAUAAUGACGCUGCUCAGUACGUUGUGUAUCGACAUUUUUAUUUUGUGAUAAAUAUUUGUAUGUGAUUUUAUAAAGUGUAGUUUGCGAAACGUCUUUAAAAAGAACCAAUCUAUUUUGUUAAUGCGAAAUAAUGUUUUAAAUAUUAUUUUGCAAAAAAAAUGCAUAGAUACCUCGUAUCUAUUUUAAAUAAUAUUUAAAUUAGAGAAUCAUAUCUUUUGUAAGAAUUUAGACUCAAAGUUAAAACCAGUCUUCCUAAAAAAGACGUUAAUUUAAACAGAUUGCAUCAAAAAGCAUUUACUAGAGUUACCGUAAACAUUUUUAUAUGUUUAGAAAAUAAUUGCCGUUCUUUGUUUUUUUCGGUGUUUGAUACCGGACAACACCGAUAGAUAUAUAAGCUCAUCUCGUGUGGAAAUUGUGGGGACAGAAUUUUAUUGUAGAGGAAAAAAUAUUUAACAUUCUUAUUUUGGAAGUUAUAAAAAUUACCGAAUCAACUAAAAAAAUCAAGAUUUAAAUUCUUUAUUAUAAGUUUGCUUACGUUUUUUUAAUACCCCAUCAAAUGCGGUUAGUAGGUCUUAAUAAAGGCAAUAAUAUUUAAUUAUAUACGCAAAUAUGUAAUGUAAUCUUUUACAUAAAAUGCUCAAUAUUAA